CUUCCGCUCGCUGAUGAGUUAUGUUGGGUGCCGCCAGUUUGCAAAACUGAGCAGAAAAGUAUGUACACACAGUGUGAGGCUACUGUGAAAAAACAGCAUUUUUGUGUGUACACACCAUUUAUAUGAGGCCCAGGUCUCCGGCAAGCCUGAAGAAGGGGCCUGAGUUGCCUUGAAAGCUUGCAUAUUAUAAUCUUUUUAGUUAGCCAAUAAAAAGUGUAAUUUUGUUUGACGACUUAUUACAGUUGUUUGUUUAAAUAGAAUAAUAAGUAGCUUUUUCUCUUUGCCCACACUAAAUUGAGAGAUUUUAGCAGUCCAGAAGCAAAAAAAUCAAGGGUGUAAUAUACAGCAGUCCCCUUAAGAAAUAAGAAAAAGAAAAAGGGAAAAAAAUGUAAUGGUUACCAUAAUAUACAUAUUUUUAAUAGAAUAAACUUCAAUAUGCAGUACAUACAUUUAAUACAAUAAAUUUAAAUAUGGUACCUACAAAAAUAAAGAAAAAGUGGCCAAAAAGGGAAUAGAAAGAAACUGAAAUAGAAUAUGUAUAGUGUCACGCACGCACGCAUAGGGAGCCGCGGUAAGACCCAACAAGCCGCAUAUCACAUCGGGCCAGGGGAUCAAGACGAGGCACUAACCUUUCUUUCUUUUGUUCUUGCAGAAAGACAGAUACAACGCCGCCAUAAAGUCCAGGAUGCCUGAAAAACACACGUUGCCAUAUCCGCAUUCCAUCCCUUCCUCUGGUCCCACCGUGAUGACGUCAUACCUCCCACACAACACUUCGGUUCCCUUCCAGCAUUCCAUUCAAUUUCCGGUCCCUCAUUAUUUAAGUUCCCCCCUGCAACUGAGACUGUGAGAUGUGAUGACCAGUUGUCAAAGCAUUGAGAGUAACAAACGACUGUUGGAUAUUUUCUUUUCUUUUGUUUUGUACAGUUUACGGGGCUGGAAACCCCAAACCUUUAUCUGUUUCUGUCUCCUUAACUUAACUUGUGUUCACAUUUCAGACAAUGUGAGGAUCAUUCUUUUAGCUGUUUUCCAGCUUCUUCAGAACGACUGGAAGCAAGAGGCUGUAUCUGAUUUCAGCUUUGCUUAAGUAAUAUUCGAUAUUGUAGAAUGCAGCUCCUUUAGCAGCUGUUGAAGGGGAGAAAUCUGGGAAAAUAUGAAUGUGGUUAUUUUCAAAUACAAUCUCCUUUUUUUGUCUAAGAAUCAACAUCAAAUUUUCUUUGACACAUAGUUUGUCGAAUCAGACAAUCAAGCUUCUCAGUUUUGAGGCAUUCAAACCAUGUAUGUAAUAAGCUGCAGCAAUCUCAAAAUCUGGUCUAAAGACUCUCCAGUUAUUUUAGAAAGUAAUUCGGCUGAGAAAUUUCACAUUUUUCCACGAGACUUUUGAUUCUGAUGUUGUUCUUUCUAUAUCUAUCUUCCAACACAGCUAAUUUAUCACCAAGCACCUUGCAUUCGGAUUAUACAGCAGUUGCUUUUUUUCAACAGCAGAUGUCGAUUAUUCAGCUACUUCAAUACAAGUGUUCAUCUCACAUUGCUCAUUUCAAUCUUGUCUGUGCUACAAGAGUGGAAAUAUGUAACCUAUUGGAGUUGAUCCUGCUGACUCGCAGAAAGUAUUGGUAGUAGUUUGCAGUGGGGAUAAAGAGGCUUUCCUCGGUUCCAAUAUCCUACCUAAGAUCAGUGAAUUCUCAUUGCUUCCCUCACUCUCAUCAUUGUCAACCAGAACAGGUUCUUCAGCAUAUGAUUCUGGCUGAUCCAUUUCUUCCACUGUCUUCCAACUCGGUCUCUGGCAGGCUAUGUCUUGACCAUGAGGUCGUCUUAGACUCUGAUGUGUAUGUUACCUACUUUUUCCUUCUCUUUUUGAACUCUUCAUUUCCUGUUCAUGCUUUUUCACAUACAGUACAUUUAGUUCAAUUCUUCUAAGUUGGCUAAAUGCAGGAUAUCUCGGAUAUGUAGUUAAAAAAAGAUGAAUAACACUGCUUCCAGCAGAGUUCUGUCAUAGGCGUCUAUCUUUCACAGUGGACGAGACCAACAGUUUAUAUCUUCAGCUAAAUGUAGUUUUUAAACACGUUUUGGGCUAUCUGGUUUCUCUACAGGAUAAAUACAUUCAAUACUUGAAUGCUGUAUUUUGAAAAAAAGGUAAAUUUCAAUACUGAUCCACUACUUUUCAUAGUGAGCUUUCAAAUAAUGUAUUGUUUUAUCAUGAGGAAGAAAUCUACAAUGUUACUGUAUAUGCGUGACACAGCAUAAUUUUAAAAACUAAGAGAAGCAGGUUGUAUUGCAAAACAUUUAUGGAAGUUUAUAAAAUAUAAAUUUUAAAUGUAGUCAUUUAGUUAUCCCCACUCAGGUACUGUUAAGAAUUCCUUGAAUAUAAGCUAUAUUUGGCACAUUUCAGGAAGCUGUACUGUCAAUCAUUUGAAAUCAUUAGAAAUCUGUCAAACAGACACUAUAUUACUCAGCUUUAUAGUUUCUAACUUUUGUGUGUAGUUGUAGUAAAAUUGACACCCAUUAUUCAGAUAAAUUGGAAAUAAUAUUAUAUAGAAGAAUAUAAAAUCCUCAUUGCAAUGCAUUUGGAAAGCUUUUCUUGUAAAAUUUACCAAUUUAUUUGUAUUCGUGCAGGAAGAGGUCCUAGAGCAGCAGCAGCAAGAGCGAAAUGACAACUGGUUUCACUGUGUCUGUCUAUUUUGUACUGAGGAAUUCACAGAAAAUAGGUCUGAAAUUCUUAACCAUAUGGCAAAAGAUCAUGGCUUCAACAUGGGGUUGCCUGACAAUAUUGUGUAUGUUAGUGAGUUCCUGACAAUGCUGAAGAAAAAACUUGAUAAUUUGCAGUGUCUUUACUGUGAAAAAGUCUUCAGGGAUAAAAAUACCCUGAAAGAUCAUAUGAGGAAGAAACAGCAUCGCAGAAUAAAUGCAAAAAACAAAGAAUAUGACCGGUUCUAUGUUAUCAACUAUUUGGAACUAGGAAAAACGUGGGAAGAAGUUCAGUCUGAAGAUGACCGGGAAAUGACAGAUGAUCAAGAUGAUGAUUGGUCUGACUGGCAAGAUCACCCUGUUUGUGCUGUUUGCUUAUUUUGUGAUUAUCAGUCAGAAACAACAGAUAAACUUUAUAGUCACAUGAAGGAUUUUCAUGGCUUUGACCUUCAAAAACUAAAGACUAAUUUAGGGCUAGGAUUUUACCAUCAAGUAAAAUUAAUAAACUUCAUCAGACGAGAAAUUUAUCAGUGCAGAUGUUAUGGCUGCCAGGAAAAGUUUUCCAGUAAAGCCGAUGUUUUUAAACAUGUGGACAAAGCUAAACAUAUAAUGAAAUUGCCUGAUAUAUCAGUGUGGGACCAGCCACAGUAUUAUUUUCCAACCUAUGAAAAUGAUGCUCUGCUUUGCACAUUGUCAGAUGAUGAAGCAGAAUCAGACAAUACUGAUCAAGACAAAGAUAUACCUGUAAUUUCUGAAGAUAUUUCUAAUUUGAGAGCACUGAAAAAGAGCAGUGUUUUAAAUCAACUGCUAAAAUCUAAAUCAACAGCCGCUAACUGGGAUUUAUGAAACAAACGUAAAUACAGGUCUUUGUUUAAUUUUGUUUGCUUUUGUAUUAAU